AUGCUUUUCGGCGCGCAGUACGACGAUGAUGGCGGUACAGACCACAGCGAGAGCUCGACGACACCUCCGCAAUCGUUGCGUAAGAAGAAGCCUGUUGGUUCUACCCUUAAAGUUGCUACUGGACCGAAUAGUCCCAUUCGAUCGUUUGGAUCAACCAAGUCGUCAUUCGAUUCUACCGCUUCUUACUUGUUGGCUAAUCCCCAUAAUAGCACUCGCAACUAUAACUACACGGGCUUUGUCGACAGUCGUAUGACUGGAACUACCAAUGGAAUUACCGCAGUGAACACACCGACAUUGCUGCCGAAGACUCGACGACGCAACAUGAAGAAGAAGAUUGAUCGGUUUCCGAAGCUUAAGCGGCCGAUAGACCGUCGGUGUAUGUACCCGAAUGUCUGGAAGCAGCUGCAAUUUCGAAAGAAGAUUGUACAGCUUGCCACUAAUGUUAGCGAAAAGCCUAUAUGUGUUACUGGUGUUGACGGGUUUCUGGCUUCCUGGAUUGUAUGUGAACUACUUACUCGCGGCUACCGCGUUCGUGGUACAGUACAAAAUGGUAAAGACAACAUUGCAGGCUUGCUGCAGCUCUCUAAUGCUCAAAAGAAUUUCACGGUUGUUGAAACGUCGCUUUUAACGCCUGAGGCUUGUGAUAUGGCUGUCCAAGGAUGUGAUUUUGUUAUUCACACAGGAACGCCAUCGUCUUGUUCGGUGCGAGAUCCGCUUUCGGAGCUGCAGGAACCAGGGGUACAUAGUAUCGGUAGCCGUAUGCACUGUAUUAUCCCUAUGAUGACAAAUUUUAUCCAGGCUUGCGCACGAGCGCGAGUUAAACGUGUAGUGCUUACCUCGUCCAUUGCUGCUAUGGCCGAUUCCGUGACACCACAUUCGAUCAUUAACGAUGCGUGUUGGAAUGUUACUUCCACACUGGAAAAAAAUCCACAUUUUUUGAGUUUAAAGCUAGCAGAGGAAGCAGCAUGGCAGCUUGUGGAUCAACUACCGAGUGAUCGUCGUAUCGAUUUAGUGACAAUUAAUCCGGGUAUGUUGUUUGGACCGAUGCUAUUAAGAUCAAAGCUUGCACCUGGUAACCAAGUCAUUUUCGAUCUGAUUACGGGCCAAUACUCCGCGUUAGUUGAUUUGAAUUGGAGCAUGGUUGACGUUCGGGACUGUGCUGCUGCGCAUAUCGCAGCUUUGGAGAAUAAUGAUGCACGAGGGCGAUACAUUUGCGUGAAUAGGAGCGUAUGGAUGAAAGAAAUUGUUGAGAUACUAUCAAAAAAUGGAUACAGUGGCCGUGAUUUACCCUGGAAGGUGGGUCUUCCUCAUUGGGUUGGACGUUUGCCAGCCUAUUCAGUUCAGCUUGGCCAAGUUGGUGCGUCACUGUAUGCAUGUGACCCUACCUCUAUCCGCUCUUCGCCAUAUCUUGGCGAUAAGCUAGUGGAGCAUUUGAACAUUCGCUUUCGUCCUGUCCACUCAACUUUCGUAGAAUCAGCAAACGAUUUGUUAAAAUGGGGACUUAUCAAGCCGUGGGCUGAAGAUCACGAAGCGCUUGAAUGCGGAUGCUGUCAUCAUGCGUUUACGUUCUAUCGAAGAAAACAUCAUUGCCGGGAAUGUGGUGUCAUUAUUUGCAAUGACUGUUCAAUGUCCCGAGCGGUUGUGGAGGGUAGUUUGAAAGCUCGCGCGCGUUUAUGUGAUAAAUGUGUCACGGAUUCGAUUCCAGACUUGCUGAAGUUGCUCAAGCAAGAAGACCCAGACAAGAAGAUGAAAGCGGUGAUUGCAUUGGAGUCGUUGAUGGAAAACCCACUCAAUCAUGAUUACGUCACUCGAUUUGGCGGUACCUUGCUGUUAAUGGAUGCAAUUCAUCAUUCUGAUGAAUUGAUAUCAUCGCACGCUGCUGGUGCGUUAUGUGCCUUGUCGUGUAGCGUAGCAAGUACACUUCAGAUGGUGCUUGAAGGGGUUGUCUUGCAGAUGCUUGAGGUUGAGGAAACGCUUAGUACUUGGGAAAUAUGCUUACAAGCACUUCGAAACAUCUGGAAACAAAUUUGUCGGCAAGACUUUCGGCGAAUGCUUUAUGCUGUAGCACGUGUAUCUGCUGACAAAAAUAUUGGCGAACUUCGGGGUAACAUUUUACUGACAUUUGUUCACAUGAUGGACCCUGGUGAAGUUACAACUCUUUUACCGGAGGGACUUCUUUCGGUGCUGUCCCACAUGCUCCAGUCAACAAAUGAAUUUUCGCGUUGCGCUGCAGCGCACGCAAUAAAGCAUUUGGUACCUACAGGAUACGAUCCAGAUGUGGCCAUCAGUGUUCCUCCAUAUGUUGUGGAUGACCACGAAGAAUUGUUUUUGAAUUCGUCCCUAUCCGAUCUCCAGUUUCUUGUCAAGGGGCACAUUGCGCCAAUAAAUGCACACAAGGUUGUCCUCUUCUUUCGCAACUCGUACUUCAAGAACAUGGUGAAAUUUGGCUCGACAACAAAUCAAACCGCAGUUAUUGAAGUCGACAACUGCCGGUAUGAAGUUUUCUCAAUAUUGCUGCGCUUUUUGUACACUGGCAAAGUUGAUAUCACAGCGGAUGUGGCUGAAGAAUUACUACGAGCCUCAUCAUUUUACUGUGUGUACGAACUCCAGAAGCGAACAGAAGCGUUUUUGAGCGGCCAGAUUUGUGUAGAGAAUGUGGUUGACCUGCUGACGCUGUCCGAAGAAUGCAACGCAGACGAUCUCAAGAAGAAUUGCGUGCCGUUUUUGAUGCGACACAUUCAUGAGGUCGUGCGACUGCCUGCAUUUGAAGAGCACCGUGUACGCUCGAGCGAGGAGGUGCUGAAGGCUUUGACAAACAUGCUUGGACACGAGUGGGAGACAAGUUAUGCAAAAAUUAAAAACUUGAGCGGGAUUAAGGAGAGUGAUAAAGCAGAAGAUGAGCUCGGUGAGCAGGGUAAGCUGGACAAAGAAAAUGGUUCAUUCAACAAGCACCAGGUCAACAAACGUGAAGAUGUACCGUUGUCGCCACGCGUUUUGCUCUCCCCAGUGCCCAAUUAUAAUAUUCCAGAAAAAAAUGCGUGGGCUUUUGCAACGGAAUCUUCGGUACUGAGUACAGUUGUCAAGGACAAGUCGACCGAGACUUUACAUUAUUUGAAAACAUUCACGAGUGAGGAGAUGCUGUUUCGGCGCUCUCGCAACUAUUCAGACGACUUUGCUGAAGGCUUGACGGAAGAGGAACAUCGGGCGCUAGAAACUACAAACUGGAUCCUUGUCGUUCUCCGCGGUUUGGACCCGACUGGAUUUUCAUACAUGGCGGCUGCAAUUUGUGCAACCGAUUUGCAGACUAAUGGAAUUUAUCGGCGAGAUCAACGACGGAAACUUGACGAUACAUUGGGGUGGGGUAGACGGUAG